UUCAUUUCCCACGGUUUAGUGAACUUAUAUAAACCUUCGCCAUUAUUGUUCUUCUAACUUUGAGAGUGAGAGUAGUUUGAUCGAUCAACAAGAAUUAGUAUGGAUAGAUUAAAGAAGCCUUUCUUGACUGUGGUUUCUGUGCAAGCAAUUUAUGCAGGCAUGUUCUUGCUCUCAAAGGCGGCUUUCAAUGGCGGCAUGAACAAUUUUGUCUUCGUCUUCUAUAGACAAGCUGCUGCUACUGUUUUCUUAAUCCCUCUCUCCUUGUUCAUAGAGUGGAAAACUGCUCCUCCUCUAUCAUUCGUAACCUUUUGUAAGAUUUUUAUGCUCUCCUUAUUCGGGAUAACUUUGAGCUUGGACUUGUAUGGAAUUGCUUUGAUUUAUACUUCUGCAACUUUGGCUGCUGCAACUACAAAUUGCCUUCCCGUCAUAACUUUCUUCUUGGCUGUUCUUCUCGGGAUGGAGGCUUUAAAGCUGAGGACAAUCCCAGGGUUUGCGAAACUGGUGGGAAUAUUAAUCUGCGGCGGCGGUGCAGCCACUCUGGCCUUUUACAAUGGCCCCCACUUCAAAGUUCCAUGCCAUAUUCAUAUUUUUUAUCUCCAUAAUAGCCAUGAAGUUGAGGUUCAUUCUCCAAAUUCAGGCAAAACUUGGAUAAAGGGUUGUUUCCUCAUGCUUACUUCCAAUAUUUGUUGGGGCUUGUGGCUUGUAUUGCAGGCUCGUGUGUUGAAAAGCUACCCUUCAAAGCUUCUCUUUACAACUCUCCAAUGCUUUAUGAGCACAGUUCAGUCUUUCGUGAUUGCCAUUGUUUUGGUAAGAGACCCUCAUGAGUGGGCACUUGGUUGGAAUCUUAAACUCCUCGCUGUCGCUUACUGUGGAAUUGUGGUGACUGGGGUUUCAUUUUAUUUACAAGCAUGGGUUAUUGAGAAGAAAGGGCCGGUGUUCUUGGCUAUGUCAACCCCCUUAACUUUGAUUUUCACCAUGAUUAGCUCUGUAUUUCUUUUAUGUGAGAUUAUUACUUUAGGAAGGAUUUUUGGUGGAUUAUUGCUGAUUGCUGGGCUGUAUAGUGUAUUAUGGGGGAAGAGUAAAGAGCAAAAAAUAUUGGAGGAGAUGAGUAGCUUACCAAAAACCCGAGCUGAGAAAUUUGCAACUGUGACUCCAUCAUCACCGUUAUUUGUUUAAUUUACUUAGUCACGUAAUUAAUCUUCAUUAGCUUUAAUUGCUAUCAUCUUUGAGAUAUUAGUAAAUAUUUGGGUUUAUCGCAACAAUGGGUUCGAACCAUUGGGCUUUGAUUUAAUGUACCCCCCCAAGACAAGUAGAGGUAUGCACGAUUUUGUGCUUUGAAUC